UAUGGGCAUCCUUAGGCAGGUCUUACCUCAGGUAAGAUUAGGAGGAUUUAGUCAAGCAUUUACCGGCCGGCAUUCGGCGGGCGGCCGCUGCAACAUUACUCAACAGGAUUGAUUCCCUCCACCCUGGCCGCUUAUCCCCGCUGAGCAACCACCCGCCCUCUUCUUCCUCUCCCCGACCGACCUUCUCCCGUAUGGCUUCGGAGCAUAUAUUAAGCCUCGCUCCCCUCCCCAGACCAUUGCGGCCGAUAUAGGCUGACUCUACUGGACUUACGGCUUAUUCGAUAGUUCGACGGCCCUGCUGGCAUCUCCAAGUUACCCCUCCUAGUCCACCCUCACUUUGCCGCACCUACGUCCAGAAAGCCGCAGCCAAGUCGUCUACAUGAGCGCUGAGCCCCCGGUUCCAGAGACAAACGUCCUGGCUAUCGCCAGUCAUGUCGUCUCAGGGAACGUAGGGAACAAGAUCGCCGUCUUCACGCUCCAGUCCAUGGGUUGCGAGGUCGCCGCCCUGAACACGGUGUAUUUUAGCAACCACACCGGCUACAAGCAAUGGAAGGGCGCGCGGCUGUCGGCGCAGGAGAUCACGGACCUGUGGGAGGGGCUCAAGCAGUCUCACCUCGACGACUUCGAUGUGAUGCUCACCGGCUAUAUUCCCGGCGCGGCCGCCGUCGACGCCGUGGGUAACAUUGGCAAAGAGCUCCGGCGGAAGUGGGAGGCUCGGGGUCCCGGAGGGAGCUUCUUCUGGGUGCUCGACCCGGUCAUGGGCGAUAACGGUCGCCUGUACGUCGCGGAAGACGUCGUGCCUGCGUAUAAGAGCCUCAUCCACCAUGCUGACCUCAUACUUCCCAAUCAGUUCGAGGCCGAACUACUAUCGGGCGUGAAAAUCUCCGAUCCUGCCUCGCUCGAGAAGGCCAUUCGAGUGCUCCACCAGAUAUAUGGAGUCCCGCACGUCGUCAUCACAUCCGUAUCUGUACCGCUCCUUGGCUCAUUGCCAACGUCCGCCACCGCCACCUCGCCUCACUCACCCGCGCAGACGGUAGGCACGAUGUCCGUCGUAGGCUCUAGCAUGACGUCAGACCGGCGGCCCCGGCCCUUCAAGAUCCUAUUCCCCGUGUUCGACUGCUAUUUCAGCGGCACGGGGGACAUGUUCGCGGCGCUGAUGGUGGUGCGCAUGCGCGAGGCGGUGGUAGCGGCGGCGGAGGCGGCGGCGGCACAAGAACGAAACGAGGCCGGCAGCGGCAGUGGGAAGCUGGGCGAGACGCGGUCGUGGCUCAGCGCCGACGACGUCGACGCGCUGGACCUGCCGCUGGCGCAGGCAGCCGAGAAGGUGCUCGCCAGCAUGCAUGAGAUCCUCGAGCGCACGUCGCAGGGCAUGGAGGCGGAGCUCGCGCGACGGAAGCGGGAGCGGGAGCAGGCAACGGGGGCGGGAGCGGACGACAAGACACAGUUCCUGCUCCGGACGCGGGCCGCCGAGCUCAAGCUGUCGCGGCACCUGAGAUGCCUCCGGGAUCCGAAAGUAGAGUACAAGGCCCAGAAGUUAUAGCGCGGGGCAUCGGGUACAUACCUACGUAUAGAAAUAUAGAAGAAUAUAUGGAUAGACGACAA